AUGCAUUGGCUUCUGGUGGUAGGAUGGUUUUUAUUAAUUAAUCAAUCAAUAGGAUGUACAGUACCCUCAUUUUCAAGCUUACAAGUUCAACCACAUUUUAAUCUACACAGAUUUCUUGGUAUAUGGUUCGAAAUAAAAUGGUUUACAACUCAAACUAUUAAUCCAACUGGUGUAUGGAGUGAUUAUUCUCUAUCAUUUCAAUUACAAGGUCGUCCAAGACAACGUCUUCUUGUUUACGGUAGAGCACGAAGAGUUAAUGCAUCACAAUGUCACUCAUUUGGUCCAUGGUUAAUGCAAACACCUGGUGGUGCAAGACUUUUUCUUCAAAAAGAUAAUCUCACUAGUAAUACAAUACUCCAUCAGCCUUUUUAUGUAUUAAAAACCGACUAUAGAAAUUAUGCAUUAGUUUAUCAAUGUUUGACACCAAAUUAUAGACUAAAUCAACCAUGUACAAGUCGAAUUUUAUAUAUAUUUAGUCGAAGAAGAUUUUUACCAUGGAGAUUUUUACAACCACUUUAUCGUUAUAUUGCAAAUGUCUUGUGUAUUUAUCCAAGACAACUUAGAACUACAUCUCAUACAGUAUCAUGUUAUGGACGAAUUAUGGGCUAA